CCAAUUAUCCCCUUCACAUGCUCUCCUCUUCCCAGCUCUCACUUUCUCACCUGGCUGUUCACGUUGCUCUCUUUACUCCGGCCAUUCAAUCGUUCCCCCACGGUGUCACAUGGCGCUCCAUUAAUAUAUAGCACCACACCACCAAGCUCCCUCCCGCUCCAAGCUCCGAGAACGCAACCGCCCACUGUACCCGAGAGCUCGUCGUAGCCUCGGCUAGCCAGCAGCGCGCUUCUCUCUUUGUGUGUGCGCGCGUGUCCAAGCGCGGGCACGUACACGCAGACUCCACUUCCAGGCUUCCAGCCAGCGACGGCAACGGCUAGCAUGUCGAGCAGGUCGUCCAGGAGGGGCAGGAGCGGCAGCUUCACGCUGCGGCAGCCGCCGGUGGUGGACAUCGGCUGCAACUGCCGCCGCCCGAAGCUGUUCUCCGUCCUCUCCUCCUCGACGUCGUCCCUGUUCCGCGGCGGGGGCAAGCCCAAGUCCCCGAACGCCUCCUCCACCUCCACCACCACGGCGUUCACGGCCACCACCGCGGGCGGGCGCAGCGGCACCACGGCCACCUCCACCGACUCCUCGUCCUGGGGCCCCGCGUCGUUCGUCGCCACCAACUCGCUCUACGAGGACCCGGUGGCGGCAGCGGCGGCGGUGGCGCCGCAGGAGCGGGAGCAGCAGGAGGCUCGGCGGCGGCGGAGGCAGCAGCGCCGGCGCCGCAGGCGCGCGGCCGCCGCCCCCGCGCGCCACGGCGUCGGGGAGGAGGUGGACGACGGGCGGCGGGUGGCCCGCGAGAGCGUGGCGGUGGCGGUGGAGUCGGCGGAGCCGUACGAGGACUUCCGCGAGUCGAUGGUGCAGAUGGUGGUGGAGAAGGAGAUCUACGCGUGGGACGACCUCAACGACCUCCUCCACCAGUUCCUCUCCCUCAACUCGCCGCGCCACCACCCGCUCAUCCUCCAUGCCUUCGCCGACCUCUGGACACGCAACGGCCUCUUCUGCCCGCCGUCCCCCUGCCAGUUCUAGCCAAACACAGCUAGCCGUCCAUUGCACGUACUACGCUUGCAUAGUGUAUUAACCACUACUCUAGCUAGCUAGUCUCUCUGUCUUACUGUUACUACCGUUAUGUUCUGCCAUUAACGGAGCUCGCAGUCGCAGCUCGCGCGUGACCGGGGCUCUAUUAACCGAGGUCCCGGCCGGCGAGCUGCAUCUUGCAUAGUUGCAUGGACAUGGUGCCAAGGUCUUGAGCUUAAACUGAUUGUGAGCAAGAAAGAAGGCUAUGCACGAUUAACUGUCGAUGCUUGCUGUAAUUUUCAGUACAAACCAGUGUAAUGUGGUCAUUUCAUUUCGUACAUGUCAUGUAAUGUUGUACUUUGCACGUACUGAUGCGUGCUAA